AAAAAAGAGCCUCGUGCUAAAAACACGCGCUCGCGCGCACACACGCAGCGACAUGGCGAUUAUAUUCCGCCUGCCGUUUCGUUAACAACUCGCUCGCUCUCGCGCGCGAUGACACGGACCGGUUGAGCGCAGUACACGAUACUCUCCCCUCCUCCUCCUCCUCCUCCCGCACCCCCAUCCCGCACUCCCCGCACCGCUCCUCCGCGCGGUGGAUCCGUCGAUGGCGGCCGCGCUGCAGCCCAAGCUGUCCGGUGUGGAGCUCCCGCGCAGGCGCGCGGAUCCGCGGCGGCGCGAGGCAGCGCUGUCCUUUCUCAGCAACAUCUCUCUGGACGGGCGGCCCGUGGCGCGCGACGCCGACGACUCGGAGAACGGAGACCCCGGCAACGACGAGGACCAGCCCCCGCCGCUCGCGCCCGCUCCCUCUCCCGUGCCCGGGCCCGCCGCGCACGCAAACUGGGCUCAAGGAGCCCCGGGGACUCCGGGAGCGCGAGACGCGGACGUGUGGGCCUCCUCUUCCCCCGGCGCGGUAGGCUCCCCGUUCUCCGGGACGCUGCUGCCUGCGUGCAGGGGCAGACUGCACACCUUCACUCAGGGAACGGCGCCCGCGGCGUACCGAGCCAGCGCGAGCGCGCAGGGCUACGGCACCUACUGCUGUCUGGAGGGAGCGCCCCCGCUCAGCAAUGCCGCGCUCGAGCUGCAGAGAUCCAGGCGGAGACUGAUUUCCCAGCGUUCUUCACUGGAGACUCUGGAGGAUAUUGAGGAGAACGCUCCUCUUCGCAGAUGCCGAACCUUAUCUGGUUCACCCCGACCAAAGAGCUUCAAGAAGGUCCACUUCAUUAAGAACAUGAGGCAACACGAUAUCCGCAAUGGAAGGAUAGUCCUUAUCAGUGGCAGAAGAUCCUUCUAUAGUGUAUUUUCUGUCCUGCCCUAUCGUGAUUGUAGCCAAACAGGGGAAGUGAAGGUGGAGAGUGGGCGGCAGAGACACCCCUCAGGUGGCGUGAGCGCCAAGGAGAUGGUGAUUGGUCUGGAGGGCGUGGAGCUCGGCGCCGACGGCAAGACUGUGUCCUAUAUGCAGUUUCUGUACCCCACCAACGUCCUGGGCCGCAGGAACACCAUCGACUCCACCUCGUCCUUCUCUCAGUCCCGGAACGCCAGCCACCGGAGCCUCAGCCUGGCACGUGCCAACAGCAACCAGAGCAGCCUGGACACAGGGAACGAAGUGGGAGAUUUCAGGGAGUACGACCCCAACCUUCUGGAUGACCCACAGUGGCCAUGUGGAAAGCACAAGCGAGUCCUCAUCUUCCCUUCUUACAUGACCACAGUCAUCGAGUACGUCAAACCCUCCGACCUCAAGAAGGACAUGAACGAGACCUUCAAGGAGAAGUUCCCUCACAUUCGCCUGACUCUGAGCAAGAUCAGAAGUCUGAAGAGGGAGAUCCGUAAGCUGGCUCAGGAUGAGUGCGGUUAUGAAGAGCCCACCGUGGCCAUGGCCUUCGUCUAUUUCGAGAAGCUGGUGCUGCAGGGCAAGCUUCACAAGCAGAACCGCAAACUCUGCGCCGGCGCCUGCGUCCUCCUGGCGGCCAAGAUCGGCGGAGACCUCAAGAAGCACGAGGUCAAGACCCUGAUAGACAAACUGGAGGAGAGGUUUCGGGUGAAUCGCCGCGAGCUGAUCGCCUUCGAGUUCCCCGUGCUGGUGGCCCUGGAGUUCAACCUGCACCUCCCGGAGCACGAGGUCAUGCCCCACUAUAGACGCCUCCUGCAGAACUCCUAGCAGCAGCUUUCCAUCAGGAGAGCCGGCCCCACUCUCCUGAUCCACCCUAUGCACCUGGCCGACAUCUCCGGUCCGGAGGUGUCGGAGAUAAAGACACUUUCUCCUUUUCAAAGAGCUUUCUUCAGCCAAAGCGACGACUCCCAUAUUGGAUGUUACUUUAUUUUAUGUUUUACAGUGCUAAGAAGCAGUUUUAUUUUAUUUCAUUUAUUUUAUUUUUAUUUUAUUUUUUCUUCUUCAGCUCAGAGUUACGAGAGACUCUCGAAGAAAAAGGACUGUAUCCAGAUUUCUGAAUUCAUUUCUUAUCCGGGAGAACUUUUUUCUUUUCUUUUUUUUUCCUUUUUUUUAAAACAAACUGGUUUUGGCCUUUUUUUCAUUGAUGGACUGUUGGAAAAAGUUUUCACAUUUUUCACACUUUUCACGCUCAUUCGCUUGCUUCUCUUUGGCCAAAUCUGAACAUGUUCUCUCUACUCAUUGGUCUGUACCGAAGUCCACACUUGGAUUUAGUCGUUGCUCUCUCGGGGCUCCGGCAGCUGAUGGCUAAAGGCAAGCUGCAUGACCAGGAUUCGAAUCAGCGUUGUCCCGAUCACAGUAGCAGCGCCUUAGUCUGCUGGAACACCCAGAGUGCUCCCAAGUGCUCCCAAGUUCUGCAAGCAUCAGUCUGGUCAUACCAACUUUAUUAUUCAAGGUCAAUGAAGGUCAAUUGGUGAAGGUAGUGGAUAACACCACACUACUUUGGGGAAGGCCAAGAACCCCUCUUUUUUUCAGAUAUUUGUCUUACCACACUUUUUUCUUCCAUAAAAAAAACUUAGUGGACUUAGUGUGGUUAUCCACGACACUACACCAACAUCAACAUUAUCACCACCAGCACCAAAGAUCUCAAUAACACCUGUGGUCAUAACUAUGGUCAUAACAUUGAACAAUACAUGGAAAUACUAGUUAUAUAAUCACAAGUGUUUUAAGAUCUUUAGUACUUGCCUAACCAAGGAAUCAAACUCUAGUCAACCACAGGGAAGGUGAUGUUGGUGUAGCGUUGUGGAUAACAACACCAAGACCUAGUUAUGGACGAACAGAAAACAAAGUGUGGAAACACUUAUUAUUAUUGGGACCACAGAUACCAGGAAAAACAGGCGUUUUUGGUGUUCUUUUCCAAGUUCUUACCCAAAGUAGUGUGGUGUUAUCCACUACCUUUACCAAUUGACCUUCAUUGACCUUGAAUAAACCCAAGAAACAAAAUGUUGAGACCACAGACAGAUGUCUUAAGAUUGAUGUGUACAGGGGUUGGGCAAUGAAACUGAAACACAUGGUUUUAGACCACAAUAAUUUAUUGUGGUGACGGACAGUUCUGGUGGAAACAGGAGAGUUGAGGUGCACAUUGAAUUCUGCCGUGAUUUGAUCAGCCGUGGUUUUAUGUUUUUUGGAUACAAUCCGGGUUAGCACCCAAACAUCCCUUUCAGACAGCUUCCUCUUACAGCAUCCACAGUUAAUCCUGUUGGAUGUGGUUGGUCCUUCUUGGUGGUAUGCUGACAUUGCCCUGGAUACCGUGGCUCUUGAUGCAUCACAAAGACUUGCUGUCUUGGUCACAGAUGCUCCAGCAAGACGUGCACCAACAAUUUGUCCUCUUUUGAACUCUGGUAUGUCACCCAUAAUGUUAUAGUGUGCAUUGCAAUAUUAAUAUUUUGAGCCGAACUGUGCUCUUACCCUGCUAAUUGAACCUUCACACUCUGCUCUUACUGGUGCAAUAAUGUGCAAUUAAUGAAGAUUGAACACCAGGCUGCUUCAAUUUAGCCAUAAAUGAAACCUCCCACACUAAAACGAUGACAGGUGUUUCAGUUUCAUUGUCCAACCCCUGUAGAUUAUAAAUGUAGCCUAUCCAUGCUUUUGCACGCUCGAGGAAGGAACCACAAGUGUGAACUUCGUGACGGACCUGGUUCAUUCUCCUCUACACUCUUCAUAGCCUUAAAAUCAACCUGUUAACAGACUUCUCUAGAGCUCUCACGGGUGACUGCGACUGUUGCUCAGUUGUUUAACGGACCUUCUCAUACACUAAAAGUGCACUUUCCUGGUGUCGGGAGCUGCGGAAACGUCGGAGAUAACGUCGUCAUCUCAUUUCGCUCACUAAGAAUUCCUUUUAACCAGCAUUCCCUGCGUUUGCGUCGAUACGGAUGCCUGGGGGAGGGGGUGGGAGUGGUUUAUACAGAUGUGCAUCAACAUACUAUUGAUUCCUUUUAUACUUUUUUGUGGUUUUUCCUCUUUUUUUGGGUUUGUUGUUUUCCGAUGGCGGCGUGACGAGCUGCACUUGCGGUUACUGUCCCUGUGCUCUAUGUUAGAGUGGAUUUUUAGCACGUUUCUAGUGCUACGCUGGAGAGAUGGAACGCUACGAAGCUACGGAAAAAGAAGCCGUACAAUAUAUAUAUAUAUAUAUAUAUAUAUAUAUAUAUAUAAAAUGGUAAUUAAUACAGUCCAGACUGUACUGAAGACACUUCAGCAGUAUUACGAUCCAGGGUCCAGCCUUUCGUUAUGAAAAUCUUUUAAAUCUGGACCCUUUUUUUUAAAGGUAGUUUGAAAAAAAAAUAAGCAUGGUAACAGAUCCAUAUGAAUCCUGUAUUCAUGUAUUCAUCCAUUAUUAAUGCAUUUUAUGAUUGCAUUAUGUAGCAUACAUAAUACCUUAUACCUUACCAACAGCUAAUAAGCAUAGAUAAAUGCAUUCACAAUUGAUUUAAUGCCAUUAUUUGCAACAUGACCCAAGAUUCUGUAUGAAAUCUGUGAAAUCUACAUGUAUUUUAUCUACAUGUCUAGUUUCAUACAUAAAAUGCACCAAAUUAUAAGGUACAUUAAGCAACACUAGUAAGAAUGCGUACAUCAAAGUGAGCAAGGGUGCCGCCAUUUUUCCCUUCUAAUAUGGAUCCUUGGGGAAGUGUCUUAAGUAAAAAAAAAACUGUAAUUAUUAAAAUAAAAUAAAAAUCUACAAAGAUUCCUCUCCUGAAAACUGUUUAUUUGAGUGAGUAAAGUGUUCUAUUAAAAAUUACACUAAGCUUAGACUUUCAAUAUUUUUGAAAUCUAAGCGUAAGUUUUCAGUGAGUAAGUUUCUCCAGCACUAAGGCUAGGUGCAGCAGCAUUAGCAUUAGCAGCUAACCACAAAGCUAGCGGGACAUAAAGGCCACCCGAUAGCGCUAGACUGAAGAACCCUGAGUGUUCUAGUAACCCAGGGACAACCAAAAGUAGGAACCAAACCAAGUAGUACUUUAUUUGGUAACACUUUAAGCUUGUAUAAUAACUCAUAAUUAUUAAAAUAUAUAAGUACACAUAUGUACAUAAGGAGCAGAGGUAAAACGUGUUAUAUAUAUAUAUAUAUAUAUAUAUAUAUAUAUAUAUAUAUGUAUGUAUAUAUGUGUACUUUAUAAAUGCAUACAUAUAUAUUUAUACAUGAAUACAGGAUUCAUAGGAAAUUAUCAAAAGCAUUUUCUCUUUAACACAAAUAAAAGAUUCUUGCUUUUUUUUGCUCCCAUUUUUUCCUCAUGAUUGGUCUUUUCUGAUAGUGGACUUUUUUUUUUUUUUUUUUUUUUCCCUUUUCCCCCUAAUCGCUGCAUUCGAAAACACUGUUCAUCAGUGUGACUCAAACACAUUUCACUUUUUCCUAAAAACAAAUAUAUGAAAAUAUUGUAUUGACUGUGUCACUCUGACUAUGCAUUUAUCAUUCUAAAAUAAAAAAAUCAGCUAGAGCAAAUUUUUCCAAGUGAAAAUCUAGAAAAAUAUAGAAGAGUAAAAACAAAUCCUGUUCUGUUUUGGAUUGAUGAAAUACUGAUAUAAUAUCGGAUGGCAUUAAUAAGUUACGCUGCAAGUGAGCUACAAUGAAAUGGGAAUUCUGAAUGAUUGUAAUUGAUGAUAAACGUUUGUUGUAAAUCAGAUUUGACUUGCACUUUAGGCUUCGUUCACAGACAGAUGGAAUCUCCACAACUAACUGAAACGACUCGUCUGUAAAAUAGAAACACUUCUGUAAAUACGCUGCUUUGCUUGUUGAAUAAAAAAGGAAAUUGUUUCAUA